CCCCCUCCCUCUCACACACCCCCCCUCCCUCUCACACCCAGGCGCAUGUGGGUGAGUGUCCUUAGUGUCCUGGAUUUUAUACAGAUGGAAUCAUAUCUCCUUCCAGCUUGCUUUUCUCCCGAGCAUGCUGUGAGGAUGCCGUUCCCUGUCCACACCUGUGUUUCUGUGUCAUUUUCGGGCGUAACUGGCAUUUGUGGAGUGUUCCAUCUCCUGUGGAACUCCAGAGCGUGGUGGACAGACUGUGCCGCUGCAGGAAGCUACAAAGAGGCGGUCCUGCCGUUUGUGGAGCGUUCCCUCUUGCCCCCGGGGGCUCUGCCUGCACAGACAGUGGCUGUGGUUCUGAGUUGCUCCCCAUGUGGGUGGGCCAUGACCUGCAGGGCCAAGGUGCUGACCCCUGAGAGCUUCCCAGGGAGGCCUGAAACAUGGUGCUGAGGCCACCACAGCCAGCUCGGUCUCUCCUGGGCAGUGGCCAGAAGUGCCUUCUGCCCGACCUGUGUCUUCACACCAGGCUCUGCAUCCGAGCCUCUCAGAACAGACUGAGCAGGCGCCACGUUGAUGCCCCCCCCGACCCCCCAGCAGGGCACUCGGCCACAUUGAGCCUCCCCAGAGGCUGCCCCUCCCAGGGCUCCAUGGCCAGUCACGGCCCCCUGCCCACUUGAGGUUGUAAACUGACGGAGAAGUUGGCAGGCGCCUGAGUGCCGGUCCGGCAUGUGCAGUGCAUGUAGAUGCCAUACAGCGUAGGCCUGUGUCUUCCUCCCGUUGAUGUCCCCCUUGCAGACUUUAGGGGCUCCCCUUUACCCUGGGCAGGCUCAUGGCAGCCCAGACAGGUGGCAGCACUUUCCUCUCUGGUGUUUGCCAGAUGCCGGAGGUUUCUGUCUUGGGGACCCAGAAGGGGCCACAGCAAAAAUGAAUGGGGUUCCAAUAAGGCUCCCAGCCCAGGGUCCCCAAUCCGGCACUCUGACAGCCAGAGAGGCCAGGCCGAGGCACUGUGCUGGGCCUGCUGUCACUGCAGGAGAAUCAGGUCCUGGCUGAGCCCUCUGCUCUCCCUGAGCCCUUCAGCCUGGUCCUGUCUGGGGACCUCACCCUGGGUGUGUGCGCACAACCUGGUCUGGUCUCGCCUCCACCCACACGCUGCCCUCAUGUCUCCUUGGGCAUCCAGCCUUCAGCAUGGCAGCGAUGUGGCUGCCCAGAGUGUGCCGGGUUGCGAGGGAACAUGGUCCACUUUGGGGUCUCACCUGCCUUUCACAGGCCCACCUUGAGUCCCCUUGGGGACAGAGCCUGGCCCAGCCAGUGCCCGUCCACACAGCAGGAUGAGCAUGGCCCCAAGAUAGCGUCUCUCCUCCUUCCCUUGUCCUUGUUUGCUGUCCCUCUGUCCUUGCUGUGUGGACAGUGAUGAUCUGAGGCCCUGUGCCAGGCUGAGCACUUGGGUCUGUGUGUCCUGUGGCCCAGCUGCAGGCAGGGUUUUUUUUUUUUUUUUUUUUUUUGAGGUGGAGUCUCGCUCUGUCACCCAGGCUGGAGUGCAGUGGCACGAUCUCAGCUCAUUGCAACCUCCACCUCCCGGGUUCAAGCGAUUCUCCUGCCUCAGCCUCCCUAGUAGUUGGGAUUACAGGCACCCCCUACCGCACCCAGGUAAUUUUUUUUUUUAAUUUUUAGUAGAGAUGGGGUUUCACCAUGUUGGCCAGGCUAGUCUCAAAUCCCUGACCUCAAAUGAUCCACCUGCCUCGGCCUCCCAAAGUGCUGGGAUUACAGGCAUGAGUCACCAUGCCCAGCCCAGGCAGAGUUCUUAUGUACCCCCAAGGAUCCUGCCCGCCUCAGCCAUGCCUGUUGAGGGGGUGGGGGGAUGCCCUGUGGGCCGGCCAUACCAGCGGGUACCUGGGAGGUGGGCAGCCCUGGGCCACAUCCGAGCACAUCCCGCUCUGCAGCAGCAAUGCAGAGUCCCUGGACAGGCUCCUGCCACCUGUGGGCACUGGGCGCUCUCCCCGGAAGCGGACCACCAGCCAGUGCAAGUCAGAGCCUCCCCUGCUGCGCACAAGCAAGCGUACCAUCUACACUGCAGGGCGGCCACCCUGGUACAACGAGCACGGCACGCAAUCCAAAGAGGCCUUCGCCAUCGGCCUGGGAGGCGGCAGUGCCUCUGGGAAGACCACUGUGGCCAGAAUGAUCAUUGAGGCCCUGGACGUGCCCUGGGUGGUCUUGCUGUCCAUGGACUCCUUCUACAAGGUGCUGACUGAACAGCAGCAGGAACAGGCCGCACACAACAACUUCAACUUCGACCACCCAGAUGCCUUUGACUUCGACCUCAUCAUUUCCACCCUCAAGAAGCUGAAGCAGGGGAAGAGUGUCAAGGUGCCCAUUUAUGACUUCACCACGCACAGCCGGAAGAAGGACUGGAAAACACUGUAUGGUGCAAACGUCAUCAUCUUUGAGGGCAUCAUGGCCUUUGCUGACAAGACACUGUUGGAGGUGAGCACCCGCCGGGAAUACCCACCCCGCUGGUGUCUCAGCCCUGGCCGCCUUGUCCAUGAGCUCCUGGACAUGAAGAUCUUUGUGGACACAGACUCCGACAUCCGCCUGGUACGGCGGCUGCGCCGGGACAUCAGUGAGCGCGGCCGGGACAUCGAGGGUGUCAUCAAGCAGUACAACAAGUUUGUCAAGCCCUCCUUCGACCAGUACAUCCAGCCCACCAUGCGCCUGGCAGACAUCGUGGUCCCCAGAGGGAGCGGCAACACGGUGGCCAUCGACCUGAUCGUGCAGCACAUGCACAGCCAGCUGGAGGAGCGUGAACUCAGCGUCAGAGGAAGCUACGUUGGGAUAUGUGAGCAGUGUGCUCCGUGGUGCUGCUGUGUGACCCGCCUUCCCGUAGCCCCUUGCCCCGCUGCUCCUGCUAGGCCCUGUUUCUGCUCCUGCCCCGCCCCUUUCCCUGCCGCUGUCACGCCUCUUUUCUGCCCCCGCCAUACCCCUCCCGUGUCCCGCCCCUUUCCUGCUCCUGCCCCGCCCCUUUCCCUGCCACUGUCACGCCUCUUUUCUGCCCCUGCCACACCCCAUUCCCGGCCCCGCCCCUUUCCUUGCCCGUGUCACGCCUCUUUUCUGCCCCCGCCAUACCCCUUCCCUGCCCCGCCUAUUUCCCUGCCCCGGCCACAUCCAAUUCCGUGCUCUGCCGCUUUCCUCUUCCUGCCCCUGCAUCACCCCCUUUCCUGCCCCGCCCCAUUCCCUGCGCCUGUCACGCCCCUUUUCUGCUCUGCCCCUUCCCUGUCCCACCUCUUUUUUGCCUCCACCCCGCCCUUUUCCUGCCCGCUCCUAGACCUGCUCCUGCCCCGGCCAUCCCCAGGCUUGGGCAGCGGGGCGGGACGGGGCAGUCAAGAGGCACUGAGCCAGCUUUGCCCCCCACCCCCCUCUCUUGAGGGGCCGCGCACCACCUCGGGGAGGAGCCAGGGCGGGGCCUGACCCCACAAAGCUUUAGUUGUUCCUCCGGGGAGAGGCUGGGGACAAGCUACCCAUUCUGGGGUAUGAGACCUAUCAGCACGUGUGAGCCCGCCCUGUGCCCGUCCCACUUCUGCUGCUGCUUAGCGCAGGAGGGGUCCCGCACUGGGAGGGGCCCUCACACCCUACCCCCCCUAGCUUUCUGCCUGAUGGUGCGCUUGCCCCGUUGUUCGCCGCCAUCUUUCGCCAUUGCCUGACAGCUCAGGUAGGGCGAGGUCUUCCCCCAGCUCAGCCCCAGGCAGAAGUCAGGCCCGUUCUGCACCUCGUGCUGUGCCUGGCCCGUGUAUUCCCCUCACAGUGACGCACAGCCGUCCUGUGGGGAGGGAGGGCUCUGGGAGAAGAUCCCCUUCUUGAGUGUUCACCAUCGGUUUGUCCCCAGGGCUGCGCUGGCCUCGGCACACCAGUGCCACCCCCUGCCCCGGACGCUGAGCGUCCUGAAGAGCACGCCG